UUGCUGUUUGCGUUCUUGAGAUAGAGAGAAAAAAUCUCUGGACUAGAUGCCCUGGAAUUGUAGGUAAAGUUUCUGAUCUGAACUCAAUGGGCCGUUAAAUCGGGGUGACGUGGGGUCUGAUUCCAGGUGUUUCAUUCCAAUGCAGAUGGUUUUCUGUGGUUGCAUUUUGUGAUUGCUACUGGAACAGCUGCCUGACUCGCAGAAUGAAAAUACAGUUCUGCCUCCCCCUCUGCCUGGCUGCUUCAUUGUUCCAUCAAGUUUGGACGAUGCCUCAUCCUGAUUGGAAUGAUCCUUCGCUGAAAAAGAAUCCUCGAUCCAUGACUUUCCACAUCAGACCCUUGGGAGAGGACACAAGUGCGUUGAACGGCGGGACUCCCUGGACUAACUACGUACUGGACUGCGCGGAUAUUUUCCACAAAGGCUUUCACAGAAGUGGGGUGUAUCAGAUCCACCCCUCUGGGCCGUUCCUUCCACUGAGUGUUUACUGUGACAUGGAGACUGCUGGAGGAGGAUGGACAGUGCUUCAGAGAAGAAUGGAUGGCUCUGUUGACUUCUACAGAGGAUGGGAUGAUUAUAAGCAGGGCUUUGGUCGGGCAGAUGGCGAGUAUUGGAUAGGUCUGCAGAACAUGCACUCAUUGACAGCGAAGAGGAAAUACCAGCUGAGGAUCGACAUGGAGGACUUUGAGAACAGGACUGUCCACGCCGAGUAUGGAGAGUUUGCGGUGGCUGCCAAUGCCAUCCACGCAGAAGGAAAUGGCUACACUCUCCUGGUGCAGGGGUUCACUGAUGGAGGAGCGGGAGACUCGUUGAGCUACCAUAAUGGGCUCAAGUUCAGCACCUUUGACAGGAAUCAGCAGAACUCCACAAACUGUGCACAGACUAACUCAGGAGCCUUUUGGUACAAGUCCUGCCACAUGGUGAAUCUCAACGGCCUCUACCUAAGAGGUCCGCACUCGUCCUACGCCAAUGGUAUCCACUGGGCCACUUGGACUGGAUAUUUUUACUCUCUCAAAGCUACUGCCAUGAAAAUGAGACCAGCGUCCACGGAUUAAAAGGCGAUCCACGAUGUCCAGUUUACAGCCUCCAAUCC